UUUUUUAAUCGAUAUAUAAAUACUCCAUGCUAAUUAAUUUAAAUUACAAACUGCCAAAGAAAUCACCAUUUUGAAUUCGUAAUAAAACAUUUUUAUAGACAUAAUGAAUUAUCAUGUGUUAAUGUUUUUUAGUAUAUUUCUAUGGAAAUUGUAAAACUCAUGUAUUCAAGUGUAAAUAAUAUAAAAAAUGAGUAAUAGAUGUACUUUCUUAUUCAGAAAAUAUCCAGUCAAAACAAUUCGUCCUUUUUGUUCAAAAUCAUCGAUAGAUAAGGAACAAAAUGAGGUAAAUUUUGAUCAAAUUGGAAAACCAGAUCCUGUUUCAAAUUUGAGACCUAUUAUUUUUAAAAAAUCUCAUAAUGAAUCUAAAUUGGAGAAAAAAUACAGAGAAGCUAGAGAGGAUAUUCAGCUUUGGAAUCAAACAUUCUGGACAAAACAUAACAAGAGUUUCGUACAAGAACGCAAUAAGUUUCAAGAAACAUUGAAAGCACAAGGUAAAACAUCAUUAACAGCAGAUGACAUGUCUGUCUUUUAUAAAUAUUUUCUUGACAAAAAUUGGAGAUUGCAUUUUGACUAUAAUAUUUUAUGGUAUAAAAAGAAUGUUAAUCUUUUAUUACUUGAAUUGAGGGUAAAAAUAUCUAAAUUAAUAUAUAAAUAAUUGAUAUUAAAUUUAAAUUUCAAAAGAGUAAUGU